AUGGAGUCUCAAAGUGGCAAGGGAGAUCCCAGCAAGUCACCGGUGUCUGCCGGUGGUAAGGGCGAUCCCAGCAAGUCACCGGCGUCUGACGGUGGCAAGGGCGAUCCCAGCAAGUCAACAAUAUUUGACGGUGGCAAGGGUGGUUCCAGCAUGACGGCCAAGACUCAGAGGCUUCCCAUCAAAAGGCCACCCCAGCAUGCCAGAAAAGGGAGGCCCGUAAUGCUACUCACGAACCAUUUCAAAGUCUCUCUCACCAGAACAGAUCAGAUACUCUAUCACUAUGAUGUGACUCUGAAGUAUGAGGACGGCAAACUAGCUCUCGGAGAAGGCAUGGGCAGAAAGGUGAUGAAGCGGCUGUUCGAGACCUAUGCCUCACAUCUCGCGCACAAAGUAUUCGCUUAUGAUGGCGAGAAGGGUCUCUUCACCGUUGGGCCUCUCCCAUUUAAGAACAAUGAGUUCGACGUAGUUCUGUGCGACGCUUCAUCGGGAAAGACUGGAACGAGCCGGAGCCCCGGAGGAGAUGGCAGUCCAGGACCAAGUGACAAGAAGAGAAUGAAACGAGCAGUGUAUGCGAAAAGAUUCAAGGUGGAGAUAGCCAUAGCCUCCACCUCUGCGGCAAGGAUUCCGAUGAGUGCCAUUGCCCAGGAAGCUAUUCGGGUUCUCGACAUCAUACUGAGGCAGCAUUCCGCAAGACAGGGUUGUCUCUUAGUCAAACAGUCUUUUUUCCGUUGCGAAUUCGGUUCCAUAGACUUGGGUGGCGGCGUGCUCGGUUGUCGGGGUUUCCAUUCUAGCUUUCGACCCACUCAAAAUGGGCUUUCACUCAACGUUGAUUUAUCCACCACAAUGGUAGUGAAACCUGGCCCUGUGAUUGAUUUCCUGCUCUUCAACCAGAAUAUCAAGGACCCUUACAGAAUUGACUGGGUCAAAGCAAAGCGUGCACUGAACAAAUUAAGGAUCAGUACCGUUCACACAAAAAUGGAAUUGAAGAUUGUCGGAUUGUCCGAGAAAAAUUGCAAUGAGCAGACGUUCCCACUGAAGCGAGAUGGCAACGGUACUGUGGAUAUAACUGUCUAUGAUUACUUCAUGGACCGUUGGUCUAUGAGGCUGGAAAAGUCGGCUCACUUGCGCUGUCUAAAUGUUGGGAAGCCAGAUCGACCAACAUACCUCCCGCUGGAGGUUUGCCAGCUGGUGCCAUUGCAGAGGUACAAGAAGUCUCUGUCCACGAUGCAAAGGUCAAAACUCGUCGAGGGAUCCAGGCAGAAGCCGCUUGACAGGAAGUUGAGCUUGUCUCGUGCGUUGCGUGACAACAACUAUGAUUCUGAGCCAAUGCUGAGGGAAUGUGGCAUUUCGAUAGCUCGAGAGCUUAUGCAGGUUGAGGGUAGAGUUCUUCAGGCACCACAGUUAAGCGCUGCACGUGAUAGAGAACUUUAUACACCUAAUGGGAGGUGGAACUUCAAUAAGGACAGGUUCAUUCAGCCCAUUAAAGUGAAGACCUGGGGAGCUGUUAAUUUUUCUGCAAGAUGCAAUGUUAGGGAUCUUGUCAAGCGCCUUAGCCAAGCUGGUAUCAUGAAGGGAAUUAAAAUGGAAGAUUGUGCUGCUGAUGUAAUUGAAGAGAUGCAUCAAAUGAAAUGGGAAACUCCGGCAAAAAGGGUGGAUGAUGUGUUUCAGCAAAUAAAAUCAAGUUUCAAACAACAGAAACCAGGGUUUCUCCUGUGUGUUCUUCCAGAGAAAAACUCUGAUAUCUAUGGACUUUGGAAGCGCAAAUGCCUUGCAGAACAUGGUAUUGUUACCCAAUGCGUGGUUCCUCCUGCCAACAUCAAAGAUCAGUACCUCACCAAUGUGUUGCUAAAGAUAAAUGCCAAGCUUGGCGGGUUGAAUUCAUUGCUGAAAAAUGAAACAACACGUGCCAUUCCUCUUGUGUUGAAAGCUCAAACAAUCAUCUUUGGUAUGGAUGUAUCACAUGGUUCACCGGGAUCUAACGUACCAUCGGUUGCUGCAGUGGUUAGUUCAUUGGGGUGGCCACUCAUCUCAAAAUACAGAGCUUCUGUACGCACUCAGGCACCCAGGAAGGAAAGUAUUGAUAACUUGUUUAAGCAAGUUGGAGAUGACGAUCAGGGCCUCAUUAAGGAAUCACUGAUUGACUUCCUCAAUAACAGCAAAGGCCAGACACCAGAACAAAUUAUCAUUUUCAGGGAUGGUGUUAGCGAGUGCCAGUUUAAUAUGGUUCUGACUGAUGAGCUAACUAAGAUCACUGAGGCAUGCAAGUUUUUUGGUAGCAAGCAUUUUGGUGGCAAAUGGUUCCCCAAGUUUACGGUAAUAAUUGCGCAGAAGAAUCAUCACACUAGAUUUUUCCUGCCCAAUGAACGUAAUCGUAACGAAGUGAAUAAUGUCCAACCUGCGUUCCAGGGGACUACAAGGCCAACCCACUACCAUGUGCUCCAUGAUGAUAUAGGGUUCUCUCCAGAUGACCUGCAGGAGCUCGUGCACAACCUCUCCUACGUGUAUCAGAGGAGCACCACAGCCAUCUCAGUAGUUGCCCCCAUCUACUACGCACACCUUGCAGCGGCGCAGGUGGCGAAGUUCACCAGGCUGGAUGACAUGUCAGAGACAUCGUCGAGCCAUGCUACCCAGGCUGAACCUGCCCCGGUGCCAGAGCUGCCUCGUCUGCAUCCCGACGUAGCAUCAUCAAUGUUCUUCUGCUAA